AUGACGCGCAACUCAUUACAGAAGGCAAACUGGCUUGCCCGACACCUGGCUGCGACGGCUCCGGCCACCAAACCGGCCUCUACACGCAUCAUCGGAGCCUUUCCGGAUGCCCCCGACGACCCGACAAGACCGUCAUUCAAAGUGAGUUUUUGGCGUCUUCUGGUCGCAUGUUGAAUGGCUCGAAGCGUUGCGGUCGCGCUGCGGCUAGACUCAGCUACUCCCAGUGCGGCCAAGUACUCGAAUACAUGAAAAAAAAUCAUCUAGCCGCAUUUGGAAUGGCUCAAAGCGUCGCGGUCGCGCUGCGGCUUGGUUAA